UGGAGCGCGCACUCGUGAACCAGAGCCGUCACUGGAAAACUAUCUCUGCUACAUUUCGGUCAUUCAAGGGAAACGUUGAUCAUAUAUUAUGCUUUAAAAUGAAUUCACUGCAAAAGAUAAGAUGUGGGAACCAAACUGUGUUACGUGAAUGGGGAAUCGUCUAUCUUGUGUUUAUAAGCGCAGUGUGCUACUGCGCAUCAGAGAGGAAAGUAUGUCAGGGAACCAGUAAUAAGCUCACUCUACUAGCCCAACCAGAUGACCAUUACAGGACCAUGGUACGGAUGUACAGUAACUGCACAGUAGUGCUCGAGAACCUGGAGAUAACCUACAUUCAAGACUACCACGACCUCUCCUUUCUUACGAGCAUCGAAGAAGUCGGUGGCUACGUUUUAAUAGGACUAAACUAUGUGAGCGUGAUACCUUUGGUAAACCUGCGGCUCAUUCGUGGCCAUUCUCUCUUUGAUGACAAAUACGCCCUGGCUGUGAUGGCCAACUACCACAGGAAUGAAUCUUCAGAGAACAACAGCAUCACCAGCGGCUUGAGAGAGCUCCCAUUGAGAAGUCUCACAGAAAUUCUCAAAGGGGGAGUUAAGAUUUCCUAUAAUGAUUUGCUCUGCAAUGCGGAAACUAUACAGUGGCUGGACAUCGUACAGAGAAACAUUGAUGUUAACUUCACUAGGAGGACGGACUCUCAUUGCAGACGUUGUGAUCCAGGAUGCUCUAACGGAUCGUGUUGGGCUCCAGGACCAGAGAACUGCCAAACCUUGACUCGGUUGAACUGUGCCGAGCAGUGCUCACGGAGAUGCAAAGGGCCCAAACUCAUCGACUGCUGCAAUGAGCACUGUGCCGCAGGCUGCACCGGACCUAAAGACACAGACUGUCUGGCCUGCAGAGAUUUUCAGGAUGAGGGCAUGUGUAAGGCUGAAUGUCCACGUCCAAUGGUGUACAACCCAAACACUCACCAACUUGUUCCCAAUCCUGCCGGAAAGUACAACUUUGGAGCGACGUGUGUUAAGAGGUGCCCUUACAACUUCGUGGUGGCCGAUGAAGUUGCCUGUGUCCAGACGUGCGGCGGGAACAUGCAUGAAGUGGAGGAGAAUGGAAUAAGGAAGUGCAAAAAAUGUGACGGCUUGUGUCCGAAAGUCUGCAAUGGUCUUGGAAUGGGAGCGCUUGUGCGUGUCAUGUCCAUCAACGCCACUAAUAUUGAUUCCUUUAUUAACUGCACUAAAAUAAAUGGCCAUAUUACAAUAAUAAAGACGACUUUUGAAGGGGACCAUUUUACAAACACCCCAAGCAUGGACCCUGCAAAAGUGGACUAUUUCAAGACAGUAAAGGAAAUUUCAGGGUUUUUGCUCAUUCAGCACUGGCCAGCACAUCUAAAGUCACUCAGCCCUUUUGAAAACCUGGAAAUUAUCAGAGGACGAACCAAACAGCUUGGUACUGUCAGUUUUGCAGCUCUGAACACUCCGCACCUGCAGUAUCUCGGCCUGCGCUCUCUGAAGGAGAUCAGUGAUGGUGACGUGGUCAUUAAGAACAACCCCAACCUGUGUUACGUUGACGGCAGCUACUGGCAGAAGCUGUUUAAAUCAGAGAAACAGCGCAUAAAAACCAUCAACAAUUCACACACGGACAGCUGUGUGCAGCAGAACAGCACCUGUGAUAGCAUGUGUGGAGAAGAGGGCUGCUGGGGUCCGGGACCGUCCAUGUGCUUCUCCUGCUUGCUUGUGAGCCGUAGGGGGCGCUGUGUCAGUCACUGCAACCUGCUGGAAGGAUUUCCCCGUGAGUACAGAUCAGAGGACGUGUGUUUGGAAUGUGACCCAGAAUGCAAGAUCCUGAACGGGACGGAAAGCUGUAACGGACCAGGAGCUGAUCAAUGUUCUGAGUGUGCUCACUUUAAAGACGGGCCGAACUGCGUCGAACGCUGCACACAAGGAGUGCCCGGCAUCAAUAACCAACUCGUGUGGACGUACCUGGACAAAAACAGACAGUGCCAGCCAUGUCAUGACAACUGCACACAGGGGUGCAGUGGACCCGGACUGGAAGGUUGUGAACCUAAAAACUCACACACGUCUUUAGUGGCGGCUGGUAUGAUCGGUGGCAUGUUUCUGAUAAUGGUCCUAGUGAUCUUCAUCUUCAUCGUCGUCCGCCGAAGACACAUCACACGGAAGAGGACCCUACGGCGCCUCCUGCAGGAGAGAGAGCUGGUUCAACCACUCACUCCAAGCGGCGAAGCCCCUAACCAGGCACUUCUGCGCAUCCUAAAGGAAACAGAAUUUAAGACAAUUAAAGUGCUCGGAGCUGGAGCCUUCGGCACUGUCUUUAAGGGUUUGUGGAUCCCCGAUGGAGAGGAUGUGAAAAUUCCUGUUGCUAUCAAAGUUUUGAGAGAAGUUACAUCUCCCAAAGCCAACAAAGAGAUCUUGGAUGAGGCUUACGUAAUGGCCAGCGUUGAUCAUCCUCACAUUUGUCGUCUGUUGGGAAUAUGUCUCACGUCCAGCAUUCAGCUCAUAACACAGUUUAUGCCUUACGGUUGCCUGCUGGAUUACAUACGGGAGAAUAAAGCCAUUAUCGACUCACAGACGCUGUUGAACUGGUGCGUGCAGAUCGCCAAGGGAAUGAACUAUUUAGAAGAACAUCGCCUGGUUCAUCGUGAUUUGGCAGCCAGGAAUGUGUUGGUGAAGACUCCCAACCAUGUGAAGAUCACUGACUUUGGCCUGGCCAGACUGUUGGGUGCUGAGGAGAAAGAAUACCACGCUGAUGGAGGGAAAGUGCCUAUAAAGUGGAUGGCACUGGAGUCUUUACUUCACUGGACAUACACUCACCAAAGUGAUGUUUGGAGUUAUGGUGUCACCGUGUGGGAGUUGAUGACAUUCGGAUCUAGACCCUACAAUGACAUUCCAGCAAAUGAGAUUGCAGAAAAUCUGGAGAAAGGAGAGCGGUUACCACAACCUAACAUCUGCACGAUAGACGUCUACAUGAUCAUGGUCAAAUGCUGGAUGAUUGACGCUGAAUCCAGACCUCACUUUCUUGAACUUGUAACGGAGUUCUCAAGAAUGGCUCGAGAUCCUACACGUUACCUUGUAAUUCAGGGUGAUGAGAACAUAUAUCAGCACAGCCCAACGGAUUCACUGGGCUACAGAUCUGUGAUCGGUACCGAAGACAUGGACACCGUGAUUGAUGCAGAAGAAUACCUGUCACCCAACAAAAGAUUCUUCAAUGGAUCACAGUCUCACUAUCACAACUCUACAGACGAUUACACAAACAGUGCGAUUAUACGCUACAUAAGGGAUCCCACACAGAAGGACAUCAUGUUACCAGAAUACGUGAACCAGGACGUUCCCAGUCCAAGCAACAUGUCCCACGUACAAACACAGAACAGUUAUUUAGACGCCUGCGUGAGCAAACCCGAGGGUCCAGAGUAUCUUAACACUGCCUGCUCCACACUCCCUCGCUCACCGUGUGCCAGUCUGGAUAAUCCGGACUACCAGCAGAGCUUCAUGCCCACAUCUCCACCUAACUCUCCGUUCCUUCCUGCAACAGAUAACCUGCAGUACCUCGGGCUCAUGCAGUCUCACGUACGUUAGACAGACAGACAUAGGAGAAAAAUGACCCAUUGCACUGCUCGAACCACUGGACGUCUAUGAGGACAGAUGUGUUAGUAUUUCAACACGUUAUGAGAACGUCCGUUCAAAAACGCUUGAAGGCAACCGCCAUUGUUUGUUCAGUCUUGAAUCUUUAGAGAUGUUUAGACGUUAAGCUGUGAGGAAUGUGUUGAAUGUCAAGCCAGAACACAUUUCAAUGUUUCCGCCGAAUGAAUGGAAUAUUUUAAAUACUGUAGCUUGGAAUAGUUUCCAUCUUUCUGUAUAAUGUGUUUAAAAAUAGCAAAACUUAAUUUAUUUCAACAAAAAAAUUCUAAGAGGCUCAUAGCCCAACCGGUAUUGUUUUGCUGUAUUACGUGUAUGUUUUCAAAGUAGUGUGAGUAGUGUGAAAUGCCUUCAGCUGUACCAUAACUGGAUCAUCUCACUUUAAAGAGAUAGUUCACAUAAAAAUAAAAAUGAUAUCAUUAUUCGAAGAGUUUUGUUCCAAAAUGAGAUAACUACGUUUUUAGAAUUUUUCUAAAAUCUUGUUUUUUUGUCCAUUCCAAUUAAUAUCAAUCAAACUGCAGUUAGUUUGUUUUGAUUUAAGCCAUAAUAACUCAAAAAUACAGCUAACUAACACAAUAAAAACAUGAUAAAAAAUUAAUCUCUUUUUGGAACCAAACUCUUAAUUUAUUCAGCCUUGUAUAAUUGACCUAUCUGUAAGCCGCGCCCCCCUUAGUCACUGUAGCUAACAGGGACGAGCAACCGGAGUUCCUUAUGUCUUUCAAUGGCAGCUGUCAGUGUGAAAAGCUUGUCCGAAGUUACUAAACGUAUUUUGUCUUCACUGGGAUUGGGAUUGAAUCGGGUUAAUGUGCCCACAUUUUGCUCUUUUUUAAAGUGGGUUUAGGAAAUUGAAUUAAACCUGGAAUAAGUGUCACAAGUACCCCAGGCACAUUUUUGUAGCAUAAACACUAUUAAACCGAUGAGAGCUUCGGAUCUUACAAUGUUUCUCUAUGGCACCGAAACCUAAAGUUGUUUAUGGGACCCGAGUUCAGGUCCCAUGAAACUUAUAUUCAACUGCCAUUGGCCUAUCUGCGUUCCAGGGGAGGGGCUUACCAGGGUCAAUUCCAAACAUGUUUGUGACUCUUUCUUCAGAGGAACACAACAGAAGAUAUUUUGAGAAAUGUCUCUGUGGUUUUGUGUCUAUACAAUGGGGGUCAAUGUUCUUCAAUAAGACGACAUUUUUCAAAAUAUCUUCUUUUGUGUUCUGUAGAGGGAAAAAAGUCAUAGGUUUGGAAUAACAUGAGGAUGUUUUUUGGGAGAACUAUAUCUUUAAGUAUAGAGUACUUGUGUGCACUUUGAUCUUUACAUUUAGCAUUUUGUCAACUUUUGUCCACAGCACAGACCUAAAACGGAGUAAAUUCUUGAUUUAUAGCCCACACAGUGUAAACCGUGGUCAUACGUAACCCACGACUGCCCUUAAUGGAUUCACAAAUACUGAAUUAUUCAACAACUGGCCCUUUGAAAAACACUUUAUACUAAUUUAAAGGAACAUUCUGAUGAUACAUUUUUAACUUUAAGUAUGUGCCAAUUCUGCCUUCACCAGCUGACUAAACAAAUUCAGCCGCUUGUUUUCUGUUCCCUACAACGCUUUUGGGCAAGUAUGCACUUAUCAGACUACUUAAGAGCCACAGCCUGUCGGUCAAAUCCAUUUUGUGCCAAACGUGAUUAAUUAUGAAACGACUUGUGAAUAUUUUUUGCACUGCUGUAUUUAAACAGCUAAGAAAAACACUUUUGGGCCAGAUUUACUAAACAGGGCAAAAUAGUGCGAGAGCACAAUUUUCGAGCGUCAAUGGGAGUGGACCUAUUCGCGGGUGAUUUACUAAAGAGCACGUUGAAAAAUAAAGGUUAUUUUAAUGAUCAACGCAAUCUACCAAUAGCAACACAAAAUACUGCACAGUGUAAGAUGUGUUUUUUUUGGUUGUUAAAUAAAGCCACAAAUACCAGUACAUUAACGUCAUUUAAAUACUAUCCUCCCAUAAAGUUUGUGUCUCCUACAAAAACAUAUGCAGGACGGACUGUGUCCACUCCUUUUCAAGGGAUACUUCACCCAAAAAUGAAAAUUCUGUCAUCAUUUACUCCCCUUCGAGUUGUUCCAAAUCUGUAUAAAUUUCUUUGCCCUGAUGAAACAGAGACAUAUAUUUGGAAGAAUGCUUGUAACCAAACAGAUCUCGACGCCCAUUGACAAUCAUAGCAGGAAAAAUACAAUAUUAGUCAAAAGUGCCCCAGAACUGUUAGCUGUCCUACAUUAUUCAAAACAUAUUUUUUUGAGUUCAAAAGAACAAAAAAAUGAUGCAAUAUUUUUUCCUACUAUAGGAGUCAAUGGGUGUUAAGAUCUGUUUGGUUAUAAGCAUUAUUCCAAAUAUCUUUCUCUGUUUUCUCUAUAUGUCUUUAAUAAAUCUAGUUUUUAACACCACAAGCUGUUAGUAAAUCUGUCCCUUUGACUGUGAAAUCUGUUCGACUUCAAUUCCGCAACCAACAAUAACUUUUGUAAGAUUUGUAUAUUGUAUUAUUAUAAUCGUUCAACUACAUGAAGCGUCACCUGUAUAUUCCCCAGGGAAUGUCAGUUUGUUUUUUUCUUUUACCCUCUCUUUGCAGGAAUUUAGGAAUGUAUAAAGUGUGUUUUACUUCUCUAUGGAUCAUUUGUUACAUUGCAGUGUUAAUAAAUUGUGUUGAAAUGUG